AUGCCACCUAGAUUUCUCCUCGGACCUGAGUGGAAAGAGGGUGACUGGGAGGCGACCAGUAGAGCCUAUAAGAUCUCGCUUUAUUUAAUCUGGACGUUGGUUGGCAUCGAACUUGGUUUGCUUGUUAUUUCGAUGACAGUUGCCUUCUACAAUGGCUGUGCCAUACUACUUAUUUUCAUCGGAAGAGCUUUGUUUGCAAGAGUAAAUCGGGACGAACCACAAGAGGAAUUCAAUGAAAAGCGUCAAGAGAAAGGCACCGAGGGAGAAUGCAAGCCUUUGUUGAUGGAAGAUUCUGGUUAA